AAGAGCCCGGGUCAGCCGGGAUAGACCGGACCCUUGGUGAUCAGUUGUAAACAGCGCUCUUGGAACCAGCAACUGAGGUUGCCACAUACUACGGUACCAUGCCUGUGGAAAGGAUGCGAAUGCGCCCAUGGCUGGAGGAACAGAUAAACUCAAACACAAUACCAGGGCUAAAGUGGCUUAACAAGGAAAAGAAAAUUUUCCAGAUCCCCUGGAUGCAUGCGGCUAGACACGGGUGGGAUGUGGAAAAAGAUGCUCCUCUUUUUAGAAACUGGGCAAUCCAUACAGGAAAGCAUCAACCAGGAGUAGAUAAACCCGAUCCCAAAACAUGGAAGGCAAAUUUCCGAUGCGCCAUGAACUCCUUGCCGGAUAUUGAAGAAGUCAAGGAUAAAAGCAUAAAGAAGGGAAACAACGCCUUUAGAGUGUACCGGAUGCUGCCCUUAUCUGAACGACCUUCUAAGAAAGGAAAGAAGCCAAAGACAGAAAAAGAAGACAGAGUUAAGCACAUCAAGCAAGAACCAGUUGAGUCAUCUUUGGGGCUUAGUAAUGGAGUAAGUGAUCUUUCUCCUGAGUACGCGGUCCUGAAUUCAGCUAUAAAAAAUGAAGUGGAUAGUACGGUGAACAUCAUAGUUGUAGGACAGUCUCAUCUGGAAACCAGCAUUGGGGAUCAAGAGAUUGUCACUAACCCACCAGACAUUUGCCAGGUUGUAGAGGUGACCACUGAGAGCGAUGAGCAGCCGGUCAGCAUGAGCGAGCUCUACCCUCUGCAGAUCUCCCCCGUGUCUUCCUACGCAGAAAGUGAGACUACGAACAGUGUGCCCAGCGACGAGGAGAGCAAUGAGGCGCGGCCCCACUGGAGGAAGAGGAGCAUCGAAGGCAAGCAGUACCUCAGCAACAUGGGCACCCGAAGCACCUACCUGCUGCCCAGCAUGGCCACCUUUGUGACUUCCAACAAGCCCGAUCUCCAGGUCACCAUCAAAGAGGAGAGCUGCCCGAUGCCGUACAACACCUCCUGGCCCUCUUUUACAGACCUGCCCCUGACGCCCCCUGGGACUGCAGCCCCCAGCAGCAGCAGCAGCAGCAGCAGCAGCAGUCGGCCAGACCGGGAAACUCGGGCCAGCGUCAUCAAGAAAACAUCCGAUAUCACCCAGGCCCGGGUCAAGAGCUGCUAAAGCCUUGAACGCUCCCUGAUGGUUGUCGGGAUUUCUUGGCUUGGUGGUGUUUGUUUGUGUUUUUCUUUUUCUCUCUUGACACCUGUUUUAGACAAAUCUAAGGGGAAAAGCCUAGAACAUUGAUUGCUGUGUCCAACUCCAGUACUGGAGCUUCUUUUAAACUCAGGACUCCAGCCCAUUGGUAAACACAUCUCUCUAGAGUCUGCUGGACACCUUCCCUGCCCCCAUAUGCCCCCCCCCCCAGGGCUGCUCCCUCCUCAAGUUCAAGGAUGCCAUAGGACCAACACCCUCAAUGGGCAGCCCAGGCCAGCAUGGUGGAGUGGAUGCCUCAGAAUGCAAGAGAAAAUGUGAACUAGCUGGAAUUUUUUUAUUCUUGUGAAUAUGUACAUAGGGCAGGACUCGCCACGUUGCAGUCUGCUUCUGCACCUUAUCUUAAAGCACUUACAAAUAGGCCUUCUUACCAUCUUGCUCUGCUUCACAGCACAGACUCCCUCCUCCUGCCCACCCUCCCUCCCCUUGCCUCCCUUCCUGCCCCUGCAGUGGUUCUCCUCCUUUUCCUGGUCUCCAAGGCUGUGUCCCACACGCUGGAGGAGGAGGAGGAGGAGGAGGAGGAGGAGGAGGAGGAAACCAACCUUUCCACAGAUGUCCCAUUUUAAGACUGCUUUUAAAAAAAUCUUUCUAAUCUGCUAUGCUUGAAUGCCACGCGGUACAAAGGAAAAGUAUCAUGGAAAUAUUAUGCAAAUUCCCAGAUUUGAAGAUUAAAAAGCAAAACAAAACAAAACGAAAAAAAUCUCUAAUUCUAAACCAGAGCAAGCUUUUUUAUUUUUUAUACAGGGGAAUAUUUUAUUCAAGGUAAAAUUCUAAAAGAAAAUAUAAUUGUUUUUUAUCUUUUCUACAGCAAAUUUAUAAUUUUAAGAUUCAUUUUUUUGUUUAUCGGCAGUUGUAAUUACAUCCUUGUGGCACAUUUUUUUUUAAUUUUGUAAAGGUGAAAAGCUUUUAUGAGCUCAUGUAGCAAUGAAAUUAUCCUGUGGAUUGAUAAUAAAUGAAUAUGACAUAUAGUUAAAUUUUUAA